CUGCAGGCAGCGUUGGUGCCUCUCCUCAGGCUGUAUCUGUGCGGAAUUAAAGUUCUGAUCUAUCAGAUGUUCAACAGGUCGUUUGCGCUGCCAGACGCUGGAAUGAAGAAUCACGUUAUGUUCUCAUGUGGUCCCUUCUCUCCUCCCACACAGUCUUACCCAAGCAAAAUGGAAGGGUUGCCAUUGUGACGGGGGGUACCAGAGGAAUGGGUUAUGAGACAGCGAGACACCUGGCAAGCCUUGGCAUGCAUGUUAUCAUAGCUGGGAACGAGAGAGAAGAGGGCGCAGAGGCCGUCAGGAAGAUUCGUGAAGAAGGUGUCGAGGGGAAAGUUGAGUUCGUCUUCAUGGACCUGACCUCAUUGAAAUCCGUGCGCCACUUUGCUCAGACAUUCAAAAACAGAGGUCUCCCCCUCCACGUUCUGGUCAACAAUGCUGGAACCAUGAUGGUCCCCGAGAGAAAGACGGAGGACGGCUUUGAGUUGCACUUUGCGCUCAACUACCUCGGCCACUUCCUGCUGACCAACCUGCUGCUGGACACGCUUAAGAGGUCAGGACGCCAGGGCUGCUGCUCCAGGAUUGUCAACAUGUCCUCUGCUACACACUACGCAGGAGUUAUGCACAUGCACGACCUAAACAGGAGGAUCUGUUACAGUUCCCAUGGUGCCUACGCUCAGAGCAAACUGGCCCUGGUCCUCCUCACCUACUACCUGCAGGAGCAGAUGACAGCCGGCGGCUUCCCCGUGACCACCUAUGCGGUGGACCCUGGCAUGGUGGACACAGCGCUGUACAACAACCUGUGGAGCCUUGCACAGGCUCUGAAGAAACCAGUGGCCAAGAUACUGUUCAGGACUCCUGCAGAAGGAGCAUCCAUAUCCGUCUAUGCUGCAGUCGCCUCAGAGCUGGAAGGGGCCGGGGGCUGUUACUUGUACAACGGCCAGAAGACGCAGUCGUCCGACGUUUCCUACGACUCUGAGCUGCAAGCCGAGCUAUGGAAGAAGAGCUGUGAGCUGGUGGGCCUUCAGGAGAACUGACACUGCUGUGACCCUUGUACAGCGUCUCCAGAGCCAUGCUGGAGACGCUAUGUGGAGCGCACAAAUUGAAUCUCUGCCUUAUUUUAUAGAAUUCUGACACUGAAAUAUCUAGACUUAUAAGCUACAUCCACAUCAAUACAUUUUAAAGUGCACAACUUUUGCUAUGUUUACGCCUAGCGUCCACACGACUCUGGUGUGUCUGAACCCCUUGAUCGAAGACCUUUGGAUGCGCAGGCUAGUCUAUAUUUUGCAGACCUUGACUGCUUUAUACUCACGUGUCAGCUUCAUUAGCAGUUCCACCUCGUUGUCAGUCCACGCAAACAAAUCUCUGGUCUUGCUUCUCACUGUUCUUUCUCUGCAGUAUUUUUAUGCCUCCAUACCUGCGAUUGCUGUGGCUGUCUAUUCGAUCAACUGUCCGUCCAUCCAUCCGUCCACCUCUUCUGAAGGCGAUAUCAUUUGGCACAAAUGUUCACUUUGAUUCAACGAUACAGUGAUUUGAUUUUGGUGGACAAAUGUCAAGGUCACUGUGACCUCGUCUGUGUCAUUCUUGUAAAUGAAACAUGUCAAGAACACCAAGAGAUUUUUUUCCAAAUUUGGCACAAAUGCUCACUUGGACUCAACAGUGAAUUGAUGAGAAUGUGGUGGUCAAAGGUCAAGGUCACUGUGACCUUGCAUCUGUCUCAUUCUUGUGAACAUGAUAUUACAAGACGGCUUUUUGGAAGUUUCUUCAAAUAUGGCACAAACGUCCACCUGGACUCAAUAAUGAAAUGAGUAGAAUUUGGUGGUCGAAGAUAAAAGGUCAAGGUCACUGUGACCUCACAAAACACAAUAAUUCAAAUGGGCCAAUGAAAUUGUUUGUUUAUAGUCGCGCAGACCUGGGAGAGUCUAAAAUCCAGUCAGUAUGGGAGAAAGGUUGAUAAACCUCGUUUCACAGCACCCCGUCCUUUUUGAAAACAGACAGGAUGAUUGUCUGAACAAUGAAUUAAAGGACAACAUCUUGCAGUCCAUUGUCCAGCUUGGUGGCUGCGGUGAGAGUGGUAAGUGCUAAAGAAAGUUGAUGUUGACGCUUGUUAAACGUUAGCUUGCUAGCUCGCUGCUGCUGCUACUCUCGUCCAUGUCCACCCACACCCGUUCACACUGCGUGGAAUUGCAACACAACAACGCGAAAUUCCGCACCGCGUCCGUACCGUGCCUGUGUGUAUGGUUUAAACGCGGAAAAGCGCUGAGCGAAUAUUCCGCAAAUCCGUCCCGCAUUUCCGCAUCGCGGCAGUGAGAAUGACUCUAUAGACAGCCACACCUAUUGACACAGGUUGGUAAUCUGCUACAAACUAUCAUGAAGCUACAAUCUGGUACGCUGCAUUAAAUGCUGGCAUUUAUGUUUUAAACUGUACGUAGUAAAUAAGAAACAAGUCAAGUAAGGACGACAACUGUUAUGUCUAGAAAAGCGAAACCAGAGCAGCUCAGUUAUAUAAAGAAGUCUGAGCACAUGAGCAACCGAAAUGCCUUAACUGAAUGAUUGAUUGUUGAUUUUUUAUAUACUCUGGCACUGUCUGAAGUAAUAUAAUGUACGUGUAUGUAGUCUUACACUCAUAGUGUGAAUCAUUGUUUACAGUGCAGUGUUAUUUAGCGUAUAUAGCAAUCAAAAACCUCUACGUGCUAAUUGCUUUAGCUUUGACAAUCCUGAAUGUUUGCCAAAAGCAAAGUUAAAGCCUGUGGGGACAUGAUUACUUCUUCCUUUCUGUUUUUAUUCCAUGCUGCUGCCAGAAACACUUGCUAAAGCACCAAAUGUGGAUUAAUCCACCACUGAAAAUAGUUCCCAACAAAUGCACUGAUUCUCCUGUUGAACUAAUGUUUGUUAAGAACCACUUCUUAGGAACUUGUAUUGUGUCUCUUACAGCCUCUGGUCUGAGCUUUACCUUUGAAAUGUAGCCUACUUUAUAUAUGUCAGCACUGGAAACUAUUUUCCAAUCACCCAAUGUAUUGAUUAUAUUGCACACCAAUGGCUGCCAUGAUCACUGAGACUGAAGCCUUUUUCUCGUGUUUUAUUUUACAGUCGUGUUUACUUUUAUGAAAUCAAAAUUUUAAAUGAACAAUGUGUUAACUGCUAAUAAACAAAUUACCUUUA